AUGGAAAAUGAAAUACAGAAGAAACGCAGAAGAGUGGUGAAGGAGCUUGUAUCAGCACAUUACAGUAGUCCCGAUGUCAGUAUCGAGUCGAUUGAGACGAUUACAGAUGAUAAUCAGAGUUUAGGAGAGAUACGUCCAACAGGUGAACAGAGACGUUAUUCCGGUAAGAGUGCGACUAGGACCAAAUCGAUAGAUGAUAUCAUUGGGAAAUUUUCAAUUCCUCCGAAUCUACCAGAUGUUAUUGAUUUGACUAACGAUGAUGACGGAAGGGGUUGUGUGUCCCUAUGGUCAGAAAAAUACACUCCUCGAUCAAGCAGUGACUUGUGCAUUAAUAAACAGAAGAUUGAACAAGUUCAGUCACAAAUCGAACAGAUGGUUAAUGAAGAAACACAUAAUCGAAUUGUAUUUCUUUCUGGAUCUUCCGGUUGUGGUAAAUCUACCGCAGCUAAGAUAUUGGCAGAGGAGGCUCUGUCUAAAAAGAAGGAGACAGCGAAAAAAGUAGGACUUUUUGACGAUAUCAGCAUCAUACCUGAAAGGGAUGAUAGUGGUAGAUACCCGAAUGUGAUUGAGUAUACCAAUCGAACAACCUCCACAUCAAGGCUUACGUCUUCAGUGACACAGUUUUCGGAAUUCCUUGAUGAGUGCAAACUGCUUACUAUGGGUAACGAGAAAUGCAUCGUGGUGGAUGAAUUACCCAAUGUUUAUCAUGAGGGUACCUUGAUGAACUUUCGAAAGGCAAUUUUGAGGUGGAUAGAACUAGAUUCUUCUGUAGGAUUGCCACCUUUAAUCAUAUGUGUGACUGAAUUCGAUGCGGAUGAUGACAAUCAUUGGGGUUUGUUCACUUUAGAUGCAACAUUCAAGCUUGAAACAGUUCUAGGAAGAAACCUAAUGAAACUUGAAGGCAAAGGAUGGAAUAGAGUGAAAUUUAACCCUGUUGCCAAACGAUAUAUGAAGCAGGCUCUUAGGCGUGUAGUUAGAACUGAGCACAAUUCCCUAGAGGCGAUACCCAAGCGUCUUAUCACGGAUGAAAUAGACCAGCUAAGUUCAACUGGCGAUAUCAGAAAUAGUCUUAUCACUUUGGAAUACUGGUGCCGCUUUUUAUAUCCUGUGACGCAUGAUGCAUCCUCACUCUCCGUACUCGGUAAGGAAAACGGCUUAAAUAUAUUUCAUUCAAUUGGUAAGAUCAUCUACGGAACACAGCAUCCUCAAGAGGAGUUCAACAAUUACUUAAAGACGGCAAAUGUGGUACAGUUUGACAAAUCUCAGAGUCCGCCGACGCUACGAGAUAUUAACACAAUUUCAGUAGACAAUGUAUCACAAGAUUCUGCAUCUUCUGUUGGAAAAUUGAAUUUAAACGUUCUUGAAAACUAUUUGGUAUUGAAUCCAUCAAAAAUAGACUUCAACGUGGCUGAUUUAGUAGACAUUCUUUCGCAAGCAGACACAUUAUUUAGGUUCAAGAACGACAGACGAGCUCUUACUAUGCUGACAUAUUACAGCUGUUUUGGGGCUCGAUUGAAAUGUGUUAGGCUCAAAAGUAAUGGCGAUAGUUCCGGUGCUACACAUCACCGAUCUAGAUAUUCAAGAGACUCCAAAGUGGGCUACAAAAAGAGGAAGAUUGUUGACCUGGUGAAGGAUUUCGAACUAAGGAGAUGUAAUAGGCUUGUAUCGUUGGGUCAAUAUUCACAUCUUUCAAAUCAAGAUGCGAUACUUAUAGACGGAUAUUAUCAGAACGAAAUUCUGAACUCUUCGAAGGCAAGAAACAAACUCGGGAAUCAGUACACGGGCACUUUUAAAAGACUUGGUGGAGAUUUCAAGAAUAUAAUUCUACCAGAUACUGAGUUUCAACCGGAUAUUGUAGAAGAUGAUAGUACCAAGAGUGCCACGUCAUUAGAGGCCAAAUAUUUUAACGUUUACAACGAGGAUGAAUCCAUGGUAGAAGAUGAUGACAAGGAGUUUGAUGAAGACCCAAUAGUUGACUCAGAAGAUGUAACUUCACAAUAUUCGGAGGAUUCAUUUAGCGAUGAUUCUCUUGUGAUGAAGCUAUGA